CCAAUCCUGUUGGCUUGCACUUUGAUGCCUUGAAUUUGACAUUUCAUGUGAAGUGCAAGCUGAAUGCUUAAAAUAUUAUAAUCAAGUGAUAUUAACAGAAGAGCGUGUUAUUUUUCGUAAUCUACAAAGAAAAGUUGCCGAGGGUGAAUAAAAGAUUAUUUUUGCGAUGGGUGGUAGCGAAAGUACAAGUAGGAAGGUUUCUUUCGGUAUGGACGAGGAUGACAGGGUCAGGGUACUGCAUGGAAUCAAGCUGUCUGAAGAUGUUGUGAAACGCAUGAAGGAAUCUUCAGGGCAGUCAAAGCCUUCCUUUUCAGAUCAUGGGUCCUCUCACAGUGGAGCUGGUAGCUCCCCUAGCUCCACAGGUCCUAAACCUUCAUCUGAAGAGAGCUCAGGGAAAAAGUUUACCGAAAGAGAGGAGGAACUGUACAAAAGGUACGAACGAGAACAGGCUCUGGUACAAGAAGAGUUGGCCAGGAUUGCAAAGAGGGAGCGGGUGGCAGGGCAAGAAAGUCUGACCCUGGCUGUUAUGCGGGAAAGAGCCCAAGCCAGUGAGGAGAAGCAGAAAACCAAAGUGAUGCCUGCAGAUUUGGAUGCUUGGGAGAAACAGCUGGAGAGGAAAGAAGCUGAGCUGAAACGUCUGGAUGCCUUUUAUAAAGAGCAGCUGGCACACCUGGAGAAGAAGAACAUUGAGUACUACAAGCUGACGUCUGAACAGUUCCGUGAAGCAGCAACGCAGGCAGAAGCCCAUGUGAAGAAGAGGAACCUGGAGCCUGUGUGUUCCAACCUGCAGUCGGAGAUUCUGCGUUGUUACCGAGAGCAUCAGCAUGAGACCUUGAACUGCUCCGACCUGGCUAGGGAGUACAAGCAGUGCAUCAAUGCAGCCAAAAAGAACCUGGUGGUGAAUCACGGAUGAAAACCCCCAGGAAGUGAGACUCAAACCUGAGGUUCAUACAUCGGGAGCGACUUUAACCUGACUGGAAACCAUCUACAAAAAUGAUUGUACCGAUUUGUAUUGCAAGAAGGAGGUCAUGGUUGUUUAUAGCAUGGGGACAACUGCCUUUUUUUAUUAUUAUUUAAUUGUAUGCUUUAUUAAUUUGAAGAUGCACUAUGCCCUUUGGGCUCAAAAUAAUCCCUCCAUAUUU